UUCUACUCUCCACCAACACGCUUCCUUCUAUCCUAGUAUUUUGUGUGUGUAUGUGCUGCUGCAAAAGAAGAUGCUGAAAUCGGGGACGAUGGGAAUGGAGGAGAGGAAACAGGCGAAGAAACCAGCACAAGCCAGCUCCAGAAAGGGUUGUAUGAGAGGGAAAGGUGGCCCUGAGAAUGCGAGCUGCACCUAUAAGGGUGUUAGGCAGAGAACUUGGGGCAAAUGGGUUGCUGAGAUCCGUGAACCCAAUCGUGGUGCUCGUCUCUGGCUUGGUACCUUUGAGACCUCUCAUGAAGCUGCUCUUGCUUAUGAUACUGCUGCUCGUAAGCUCUAUGGCCCUGAUGCUAAGCUCAAUCUCCCUCUUCAUCACCAUCACCAUUCUUCUUCUUCUUCUUCUUCUUCUAGUAAUUCCCCCCAAAUUCAUCGCAACCACCCUCUUAUUAAUAAUAUUAUUACUACUCCACCACCAGCAACACCACUUAUUAGUUCUUCUUGUAAUAAUAGCGUCAACACAGCGUCGUCCAUGGUGGCCUCUCUUCACCAGCAAGUUAGGCCAUCAAUAUACCGCAGUGAUUCUUCAUCCAUUGUGUCUUCUUCCCUUCCAUUGGACAGCACCAACAAUAAGGAGGAGGAUGUUCUUCGACCGUUCUGGGGAUCAGUGAAUGAUUGUUUGCCUGUGUUUGAUGAAUCAAUCUGGACAGAAGCAGCCAUGUCCCUUGAUUUCCCUGUAAUUGCUGCUGCAGAGGCUGCCACUGGAAUUUACCCAAACGCCAACUUGGCAGAUGUUGGUGUUUGGGACACCCCAUGGUGCAUGUAAAAGCCAUCUCCAUUCAAUGCUGUCAACUACUACACUUGCUGAGUUGUUACUUUAUACCAUAUGUUAUGAUACCAUCAUGUACAUAAAGUCAUAAACAUAAAAACCAUGUAGAAAGGGGUAGUGUAUAUGGUAUACAAUAUCUAAAGGCUAUCAUAAAUAAAUAAAUAUAUAUAAUAUAUAUAUAUAUAUAGUAGUAUAAGUAGUGAAGUGAAAUCCACAAUUCAACGUGCGUGGCUAUUUGGGCACUUGGACGUGGUUCUUCCUUCUCUAUAAAUUAAAGAAUAAUUAAUUUGUACGUGAAAAUUAGUGCAAGAGGAUGAUCCAUAGUGGUGCUAAAAGGAAUGUGUGUCUUGUGUGAAUACUUGUGGUUGUAUAUGAUUAUUAUGGACUAGUCUCUACUGUGUAUUAUCAGUUCACCCUGCCCAACCGCCACCUUGCUCGUGCUCAAGUUUUAUAUGCCAAUAAUUAUGUCACCUUAUAUUUACCAUAUAUAUACUUGGAUCAAUUAUUUACUCA